ACAGAGAGCCGCGAUGAGGUCCGGCCUGGGGUACCAGAUUCUUUAAGCAUUUUCUUUCCUCCCAUUUCGCGUGUUUACCAUCUCUACGCAUCCGCCCAGAGAUCAGCUGAACUCUUUUGAAGUUUUUUAUGCCAACAUAACGGUGCGAUUUCAGACCUCCGCCCUUUUCUGUACUCCAAGGAGGGUUCACAGAUUGCAAACCAAAUUUUUGCUCCUACAGUGGUCAAAUAUGGUCGAGAUGUUCUGAAAGUCCUCUGGACGUACGCGGAUGAAGUAGGAUGACACCGGAAAUUUUCUGUGGCAGAGACUGAUGUGAUUUGCUCUGCAUCAGUGAGGGAAAAAAUGCAUCACAACCAGGAGGAGCGGUCGGUAAAUACAGUCAGUGCGCAGCUCGGGACAGCGCGCCACAGUGACUCCAACAGCCUGGAGAGCAGCUUGGGCAGCGGCCUCUCUGACCUCCAACCACCUGCUUACUCUAAACUGGAGUUCAGGAGAAACUCAGUGACAGAUGACUAUAAGAUCACAGCUCAGGUUCUCGGCCUGGGGAUCAAUGGCAAAGUGCUGGAAUGUUAUUGCAAGAAAACAGGAGAGAAAUGUGCUCUGAAGAUCCUGUACGAUACUCCUAAAGCCAGACGGGAGGUUGAGCUGCACUGCAGAGUCUCUGGAGGUCCUCACAUCGUCCGAAUACUCAGCCUGUAUGAAAACAUGCACCAGGGGAAGAAAUGUCUCCUCAUCAUAAUGGAGUGCAUGGAGGGAGGGGAGCUGUUCAGUCGCAUCCAGGCCAGAGGGGACCAGGCCUUUACGGAGAGAGAGGCGUCAGAGAUCAUGCAUGACAUCGGCACGGCCAUACAGUAUCUCCACCUCAUGGACAUUGCUCAUAGGGAUUUGAAGCCUGAAAACCUGCUCUACACCACCAGGGAGAGUAACGCUACACUCAAACUGACUGACUUUGGCUUCGCUAAGGAGACGACGCUGCAUAACUCCCUGCAAACUCCCUGCUACACUCCAUAUUACGUUGCCCCAGAGGUGCUUGGGCCAGAGAAAUAUGACAAGUCAUGUGACAUGUGGUCUCUGGGCGUAAUCAUGUACAUUCUUCUGUGUGGGUUUCCUCCGUUCUACUCAAACACAGGUCAGGCCAUCUCUCCAGGCAUGAAGCAGAGGAUCAGGAUGGGCCAGUAUGAGUUCCCAAACCCUGAGUGGGCUGAUGUUUCUGAGGAAGCCAAACAGCUCAUCAUUCAGUUACUGAAGACAGAGCCCAAUGAGAGGAUGACCAUCGGGCAAUUUGUGAACCAUCCCUGGAUUAGUCAGUCCAUGGUGGUCCCCCCAACACCCCUCCACACCUCUCGUGUUUUGACAGAGGAAAAGGAGCUGUGGGACGACGUGAAGGAGGAAAUGACCAGCGCCCUUGCCACCAUGCGUGUUGACUACGACCAGGUGAAGAUCAAAGACCUGGACAUGUCCAACAACCCUCUGCUCAAUAAGAGGCGGAAGAGGCCCGUGCCUGGAGGGGCCGACACGUGAGGAGAUGGUGACGGAGGAGAUGGAGGAGUGGUUUGUCAUAGUCACAGAGAGGUCACAUUUUCUGAUGAGCAUGGAAAAAUGAUUACUUGAGAAAAGUAGAGUAGCAGUAUGAAAGGGAAGCAGAGUGAGCAAUAUUUUCCAACCUACAUGUCACUUAUUGUACUUUAUUCACUUUGUAUCCUUCUUUGUAUCACUGCACUCAAAUAAAUGUCAUUUAUUUUGACUGUUACUAGUCUAACAUGUGAAAUAAAACUGUGUUUUUUUAUGUUUUA